AUGGACCACUUCCAAUCUCCCUCAACCAUCACCCGUGGCAGCCCGGUGCUCCCGAACCGCGAUGGCAUCGAUCGCUCAGCAGAUGACGCCGCCCGGCCGUUUCUAGCAGCCCGCUCUGCACAUCGCCAUAAGAACAUUCCCCUUCCCGACCGGGAGGUGGAGGAGGACGACGACGACGAAUAUCACCACCAUUACUACGGACAGAGCGACGACAGCGAUAACGAUACCGACGCCAAGAGUUGCAAACGCCUGCGACCAGAGGAAGAGGCGCGGCACCGGUCGCGCCAUAGUAUGACCAGCAUGUCGUCGUCGCUGAUUGGCAAGACGGUCACCCCGUUUCUCAAGGAGCACAUUCCGAGUCUCUAUGCGCCGGUGGGCAAGUCGAGAAACGAGCAGUCGGCGCGAGAGAAGAACCCAAACACCAAGUACUGCUACCGCCACCGACCCGAUUCGAAAUGUCGACGAGCCGCCGACGAAGCCAAGAUGGUUAUGAUCCAGCGCGAGCUCGAGAAGCUUACCUCGGCCGACCAGCAAGCUAUCACCCAUGUCUGGUCGCUGUUCUCUGCCGCACCGUCGCGACACCGGGAACUAAUGUUGCAGGGCGUCCUCGCACAGCUCUGUUUUCCGCAGCUCUCUCUAGUGUCACGAGAGGUUAGCGAAGCCCUCAAGAUCGACUUCAUCGCCGCCUUACCCGUCGAGAUUGCCCAGAAGGUACUCUGCUACCUCGACACCGUGAGCCUUACCAAAGCAGCUCAAGUUAGCCAACGGUGGCGGCUUCUCGCAGACGACGAUGCGGUGUGGGUGCGGAUGUGUGAACAACAUGUGAACCGGAAGUGCACCAAGUGUGGGUGGGGACUGCCAUUGUUGGAGAGGAAGAAGUUGCGCAACUACACACGUGCACGACAGCUGGCGAAGGACAACUCCAACGGAAGGGUGCAAGAGAUCACGGAAGGGUCGCGGCCAGAGCCCCUCGGCCCAGCCUCGGGCAAGCGGCAAAUUGAAUCGGCAGAUGGUCCGGAUGAGAAGCGGCGGCGCUUGGCUGGGCAGGCGGUGGUUGAGCCCAAGACUCGCAGCUGGAAGGCCGUGUACCGCGACCGAUGGCAGAUCGGAUACAAUUGGAAGUACGGUCGAUGCUCGAUCAAGACGCUCAAGGGCCACACCAACGGCGUUACCUGCCUUCAGCUCGACGAUAACAUCAUCGCGACUGGGUCGUAUGAUGCCACCAUCAAAAUUUGGAAUAUCGAGACGGGCGAAGAGAUUCGCACAUUGCACGGACACACCCGAGGCAUUCGCGCGCUGCAGUUCGACGACUCGAAACUGAUCAGCGGUAGUCUCGACAAUACCAUCAAGAUUUGGAACUGGCACACUGGUGAAUGCAUCUCGACGCUUCAAGGCCACACCGACGGCGUCGUCAGCGUCCACUUUGACGCGCAGUUGCUCGCGAGCGGAUCCAUCGAUAAGAGCGUGAAGAUUUUCGAUUUCAAUUCCAAGGAGGCUUAUUGCCUCAAGGGCCACACGGACUGGGUCAACUGCACGCGACUCGAUAUUAAUAGCCGCACUGUGAUGUCGGCGUCAGACGACACAACCCUCAAGCUAUGGGACCUGGACACCAGGCAGGUUAUUCGGACGUUUGAGGGUCACGUCGGCCACGUCCAGCAAAUCCUACUCCUCCCGCCCGAGUAUGAGCCCGAUGACGAACUCCUCGGCAGCCUCGCCACUGCCGGCAACACAGACAACACCGACAACGUCUCCGUUGCCAGCGGCGCAGAUAGCACACCCACUGUCGCCGUCCACCACUCUGACCGGCGCAGCCACUCCCCUUCUCGCGACCCCGACGAUGUCCGCUUGCUCUACGGCUCCGCCUUCGCAUCCGACCCUCUCCGCCCGCUUCCACCUCGCUACUUCCUCUCGGGCGCUCUCGACAGCACCAUCAGGCUAUGGGAUAGCGCGACAGGACGCUGCCUGAAGACUAUGUUUGGCCAUCUGGAAGGCGUGUGGUCUCUGGCGGGCGAUACCCUGCGCGUUAUCAGCGGCGCCAACGAUGGCAUGGUGAAGUGCUGGGAGCCGCGCAGUGGCAAGUGCGACGCGACUUUUGUCGGGCAUAGGGGCCCCGUCACGUGUGUUGGGCUGAGCGACAGUCGGAUGGCUAGCGGCAGUGAGGAUGGAGAAAUCCGGAUCUAUUCGUUCCGUGAUAUUGGAGGCGGUACGGCAGGGCACGGACAAUGUGUCGUGGAUGUGUCCACGCCUAACUAG